UAUGGCGAGCCCUCUCGGUUCCCUACAAAUGGAAACCCAAAACCCAACUGUCAUAAUUUGUUUGAAUACUUCUCACCAAAGAACAAGAGAAUGAGCAAAGGGAGACUCAUCUCCCGAUCAAUCACCCACUCUCUCCACCUCACUCAACUCUUCUCCCCAAUAACCUCCCCUCCAAAUCCCUUCCAAACCUUCCACAGACCCCUCACCACUCCUUCCCCCAACACCCUCGAGGGUUUAAUCGACCCUGACUUCAACCCACCCGGUUCGAACCCGCGGGCCGAGCCCGAUUUGACUGAAGAACUCGCCCUUCUGCGUGACUCCUUGGUGGACAACACUGCUGAAUGCAGCUCUUCAGAAUCUGGUAAGUGCUCAAACGAUGCGUUAUUAGUAUGGAAUGUGAUUAAGAAUAGUAAUGAUGGGUUUGGGGGAAAAACCCAGGUGCUACUUAGGCAGUUUAGGAAGAAAUUAAAUGAGUCUAUGGUAGUUGAUGUUUUGAAGCUUGUACAGAACAAUAAUGCUGAACUGGGUGUCAAGUUUUUCUUGUGGGCCGGCCGGCAGAUCGGGUACAGCCACACGGCGCCCGCUUACGAUGCCUUGUUAGAUGUUUUAGGAUGUAACAGGGAGGAUGGUAAGGCGCCGGAACGUUUUCUUCGAGAAAUUAGGGACGACGAUGAGGUGGUGCUCCGGAAGUUGCUUAAUUGUUUGAUUAGGAAGUGUUGCCGAAAUGGGUUGUGGAGUUUAGCCCUGGAAGAGCUGGAGAGGCUUAAGCAGUUCGGUUACAAGCCCUCCCGAGCUACUUACAGUGCGUUAGUUUACGUGUUUUUGAAAGCGGGUAGAUUGGAUACGGCACAUGUGGUUCAUAGGGAUAUGUCAGAUUCAGGUUUUCGCAUGGACCAUCAGACGUUGGGUUGCUUUGUGCAUUCUCUUUGUAGGGCCGGUAAGUGGAGAGAAGCGCUAGAUUUGAUUGAGAAGGAAGAGGUUGUUCCCGAUACAAUAAUUUAUACACAAAUGAUAUCUGGAUUGUGUGAAGCUUCGCUUUUUGAAGAAGCUAUGGAUUUUCUCACUAGGAUGCGCUCAAGUUCUUGCGUUCCUAAUGUUGUAACAUACAGGAUUUUGCUUUGUAGUUGUUUAAAUAAAAAAAAGCUGGGUAGGUGUAAGAGAUUACUUAGUAUGAUGCUGAUAGAAGGUUGUUAUCCAAGUCCUAAGAUAUUUAAUUCGCUAGUGCAUGCAUAUUGCAAAGCGGGAGACUACUCUUAUGCUUAUAAGUUACUCAAGAAAAUGGUAAACUGUGGUUAUCAACCAGGUUAUGUAGUUUACAACAUAUUGAUAGGCGGUAUUUGUGGCAAUGAAGAGUUACCAGGAGAGGGGGUUCUAGAAUUGGCCGAAAAUGCGUAUGCUGAAAUGCUGGAUGCAGGGAUUGUACUUAAUAAAGUGAAUGUCAGCAAUUUUGCUAGGUGCCUUUGCGGGGCUGGUAAAUUUGAUAAAGCAUAUAAAGUUAUUCGCGAAAUGAUGAGUAAGGGGUUUAUACCUGACUGCAAUACAUACUCAAAAGUGAUUGGUUUCCUGUGUAAUGCCUCGAAAGUAGAACAUGCUUUCCGAUUGUUUGAUGAAAUGAAGAAAAAUGGUAUUGUCCCAGAUGUAUAUACGUAUACGAUUUUAAUUGAUAACUUUUGUAAAGCUGGCAUUAUUCAACAGGCUCGUAGUUGGUUUGACGAAAUGGUAAGGGACGGUUGUUCCCCUAACGUGGUGACUUAUACUGCUCUUAUACAUGCCUACCUUAAAGCAAGAAAGGUGUCCGAUGCAAAUGAGCUCUUUGAAAUGAUGUUGUCAGAAGGUUGCGCUCCAAAUGUUGUCACGUACACUGCUUUGAUAGAUGGCCACUGUAAAGCUGGACACGUUGAAAAAGCUUGCCAAAUAUAUGCCAAAAUGAGGGGAAGUGGGGAAAUCUCCGUUGUGGACAUGUACUUUAGGAUUGAAAGCAACGCACAGGAGCCAAAUGUUGUUACAUAUGGAGCUUUAGUAGAUGGUUUGUGCAAAGCACACAAGGUUGAAGACGCUCACGACUUAUUAGCUGCAAUGUCAGUAGAAGGUUGUGAGCCAAAUCACAUUGUAUAUGAUGCUCUUAUUGAUGGGUUUUGCAAGGAGGGCAAGCUAGAUCAAGCACAAGUGGUAUUUACUAAAAUGUCAGAACGUGGCUAUAAUCCAAAUGUAUAUACUUACAGCUCUUUGAUUGAUCGACUGUUCAAGGACAAACGGCUGGAUCUUGCUUUGAAAGUCUUGUCUAAAAUGCUGGAGAACUCUUGCUCUCCUAAUGUUAUUAUAUACACAGUGAUGAUUGAUGGACUUUGUAAAGCUGGAAAGACUGAUGAAGCCUACAAACUUAUGCUCAUGAUGGAAGAAAAGGGAAUUCUUCCAAAUGUUGUGACUUAUACUGCCAUGAUUGAUGGAUAUGGGAAAACAGGUAAAGUUAAGAAGAGCCUUGAACUGUUGAGACAGAUGGGUAUCAAAGGGUGUGCUCCAAAUUAUGUCACUUAUAGGAUCUUAAUUAACCAUUGCUGUGCUUCUGGCCUUUUGGACGAGGCUCAUGAACUUCUAGAGGAGAUGAAACAAACUUAUUGGCCAAGGAAUAUGGUGAGCUAUCGUAAGGUCAUUCAAGGAUUUAACAAGGACUUCAUCAUCAAUCUUGGUCUUCUAAAUGAGAUAAAUGAGAAUGAAUCUGUGCCAGUUACUCCUGUGUACAGAAUUCUUAUUGAAAGCUUUUGCAAGGCGGGAAGACUGGAGGUUGCUCUUGAGCUGCAUAGAGAGAUUUCGUCGUCUUCAUCGUUUAUGUCUGCUGACAGGAAUAUUUAUUCCUCUUUGAUUGAAAGCCUCUCUCUCUCGUGCAAGGUUGAUAAGGCCUUCGAGUUAUUUGGGGAUAUGAUAAGGAGGGGUGGGGUACCUGAUUUAAGUGUCUACUUUUACCUGAUUAAGGGGCUUAUUAUGGUAAACAGGUGGGAUGAAGCACUUCAACUUUCAGACAGCGUAUGCAAUAUGCAGGAUAUCAGUUGGAUCCAAAAUCAAGAUACAUUUGAGGGCAGCUAGAUUAUACAUUCAGAAUUCCUGGUGUGUUUUUGUGCUUGACGGCCCCUUGUGUGGCUGGGGAGGAUGAUGUAUUCACAAUUUCUAGCAUGCCUAUCAGAUACUCGGCUGGUGAUGGAAAUGACUUUAAUGAAAUUGCGUAUGCCAUUCUCAUUGGCCUCUUGUUAAUGUUAAUAACAACAAAUGGAAGGAGGCUUCAUCUUGUGGGGUCCUCAACAUGAAAUAUAAUUUCUGUGCUUUGUGUUCAAAGAAUAAGAUCGGGGUGCUGAUUUUAUUUGAUAUGAACCUCUAACAAUCAAUUAUGGAUUGAUUGUGCUGAUAACAAGUGGGCUGGAUACGAUGUUUAGGUCAUGGUCACUACGCUCGGCGGAAGGCCGGAUCAGGUCCCUCAAUUCUGUCUGGCCUGGUCAGAUAGGUAACCGGACUUUUAGGUUUGGCCCUACCAACGCUCGGUUAAGCAGGACCCAUGAGUCGAUCCAGUCUGGGAUCAACGAACUUCCCGACGUUCGGACACCGAGGCUUGUCCAGGUGGUUCGGCUAAUUGAUUCAUGCCAGCUCGCUCAUGCGCAGUUAACUGUGUUAUCCAAACACGUCAGACGCGACGUCAUCUGAAGCAGUUAUCGCACGGGAUAGGAACGGGUGCAUAUGGAUGACAGCUCAUGCACAUGAGGGACAACCGCCUUAUCAAUCUAGCUUUUCUGCGGAAGAGCACCAUUUAAGCAUGGAUUCAAAGCGAAUAAAAGGACACCAAUUAGCUAUCGUUUUACAAGACCACGUACCAACUAGGGAUUACCUAGGACAGCAUGCAGGAAAAGCAUUUGUGUGAGCCACGGGAACCGCUAUUAGAACUAGCAUUUGCUUGUGGAAACAGCACCAACCCAUUCUGCUCAUUGUGCACUUCGAUUCUUGAUACCUCCGUCCUUCUCAGGCCAAAAAAUGGCAGAAAGCUGAGGGACUCAACCUGCUGCACAACCGCUGGAUAUCCGCCUUCCAACAUGCCAAUCACAUUAGCCAUGCUCUGCCUCAGCAUUGGGUCUUGGUGUUACACAACAUAAAGCCACGCAAAGGAGUUUACCACUUUAUGCUUAUUAUUGAUUUGGAGUAGUUGAGAUUUGUGAGCUAUGUAUGUAUUUGAUAUGGAGAAUAUGUAUUAAUUUGGGCUGUCAUAUUAUUACCAUAUUCACAUGGCAUCAAUAUGUCCACCUAUCUAAUCGCUACUUGCAGAAUGGACUUGUUGCGUUGAUC